CCUUGACAGGAUCGUCUCACUCGAGCGUAUAAAAACGACAACGCGAUCAGCCUUGAAGGACACCUUUUCCGUUUCGCAACCGCCACUACCAGCGACGAACGUUGCCAUACCUCCAUUUAUCCAUCCAUCGCGCUUCUCUCUUGUUACGAACGACUCGGACGUAGUUGUAGCAGCCAGUCUCAUGAACGGUACCCAUCCUCUUCCUCCCAAACGAAUGGCUACGGACGACUUGAUGGCGGGCACCACUGCCAGCUCGCAAACACGGACGCGUACCUCCUCGCACCACCGCAAGGCUAGUUUCAGUCCGGAAGAAGAAUUCUUUCUCCGAGGCUUGCUCCUCGAUGACCAUCCGGAUCCGCACACCAAGCCUCUCAACGGGAACCACGAUGCUCACGCGGAACUCGUUCUCAACGACGAUAUACUGUUUUCUGUACCACUACCGCCCCUUCCUCCGAAAGGAAGUUUGGUGCCUACCUGCUCGAGCUCGAGUGGAGCCGUUCCUCCCAAAGCCCGACGUCCGUCAACCUUGGGACUCUGGAAGGCACACCAAUACGGUGUUUCUCCCGUGGCCCUGGCGCGGAAAGGCGCCUUGACCUUUCCUCCGCCACCCAAACUGGAUCAACUUAUCCAUCCUCAACGAAAAGAAGAUCUGGAACGUGAUCACAGUGGCACGGACGACGAAGAAAUCGAGUACGACGGAUCGUCCGAUUCCGAUCAAGACGAGCACCUGGAGCAAAGCACACGCCGUCUCGACGGCAACGAUACCGUGGGCAACGCCCACCGUCCGUCGACUCGGGCUCUCCGGAAGCCUGGCCAAGAAGGCGACUCUUCCUCGAAGAUGACGCACAAGAGUGCGUUGACCUUUCAUCCUCCACCCAAGCUGGACGAGCUUAUUCAAACACUACGAAAAGAAGAUCUGGAACGUGAUCGAGAAGAAAAACGGGGCGAGGGUGGCGUUGAUGAUGUAUCGUCUAUACCGUCGGAUCAAGAAGUUCGCAAACCGGAUAAAGACGAUUUGUCGGAAUGCUCAUCGUGGGAUGAAACGGAGCACGUACAACACUACAAUACGUGGAGAGUGCUUGACGAUGAGUACGCCAAAGACUUUGGCUUUGAUUUCUCGGAGAGCGUUCUGGCCGAGGACGAUUUUGAAGACAAUGACGACCAGAAGAAUAAUUUUUUGAUUCUCGGUACCUCGGCGGAAGAUGUGUCGGCCCAUCCGCAGGUCCUGUCUCCACCUCUUAUGGAUUCGCUCAUGACAUUUUUGCCACAAAACCUGCAAGACACAAACUUCUGGCUCAAGUUUUCCUUAGUCCGCGAUGGAGCUGCCUUGUCUACUUUGAAGACGUACUGUCGGGCAUCUUCCUAUACAAUUCUAGCCAUUGAAACGCCGCGAGGUGAGGUCUUUGGAUCGUUCACUUCGAGUCCUUGGCAAACGCACCGUUCCUACUACGGAAACGCCCCUUCGUUUGUGUGGAAAAUGCGCCAUUCUCGACGAACGCCGUGCGUCUCGCUUUAUGACCAGGCCCAGCUCGAAUCGACGAUUGACGUAUACGCCUACGAAGGCAGCGACGAAUAUAUCCAAGCAUGUAAACACGAUUCCCUCGCUCUCGGCGGCGACGAACGACACGCCCCCACCAGCAUGUGCAGUGAUCUUUCGGACGACGAUAGCGUCAGUCCCCGCAAAAACAAUGGUUUCGCCAUUGCCUUGGAGGAAGACUUGCUGCGUGGUACAACGAGUCCGUGUAAUACGUUCGCCAGUCCGAGCUUAUGUGGAUCGCACCGUGAUCGGACGCAAUUGUUCGAAGUGGCCAACGUUGAAGUUUGGACGUUUACAUCCUGUCGGGACGUUUCCAUGGCAGAAAGGUUGGAAAUGACACGGUAUUUUGCCACCGAAUCUUCCCGGGGAUCCCUUCUGUCGUCGCCGGGUUCUAGCACGUACGACAGCGGCACACCCCAAUUUUCCAGCCGGGAUUUGAUCCAGGAACGCUUCUACCAGCGUGUUGGUCACGACCCAGCAUCGGAAGAACGACGGCAGCGAUGGCAAUACGCCAACAUGAUGGGCGGUGUUGGUACUACAAACAGAGGCAUGGGAUCGACACCUCGCUUUGGUUACAGUUCAUAGUAGACUAAACGGGCCAGUGCCACGAUAAAGAACGGCGACCUGAGGACGGCAAUCCAAUAUUUUAGGACUUUUUUACGCUUAUAUUUCGUCGAUUUUCUA